CCAGAUAGAAACAUUUUUAAAAUUUCAAGUGAUUAACACAAAUUUGGUUUGGAAUAAGAAAUCACCCCGACAUGCAUAGCAUAUCGCAAGGCCAGGACGAGGCGAGGCAGCUGUUGCAGUGGAUUAAGGGACUGGUGCACAGUCCGCGCUGUCACAAGCUCAAGGAUCUCAGCAACGGAGUGGUCUGGUGCCGCCUGAUGGGCAAGCUGCGACCUGGAGCACUGGCCAGCAUACUGGUCAUAAAUCGGCCAGCGAACGCCAACGAUUCGAUGCACAACUAUAUGCUGCUGGAGUCGGCAUUUUACAAGGCCAAAAUACCCUGGUACUUUGACUCCAGCGCCCUCGUUGCUGGCAACACCGACGAGCUGUAUCGCCUGGCCAAGAGCUUUGCCGAAAUCAGUAUGACAGCAAACGAUCCGUUCCCACUGCCGAUGCCGCCGUUCGGGCCCAACGGUCAGGAUCGGCGUCCAGCCGGCGAAAACGAAUCAUCGGUAUAUUCGACCAGCACACAGCCCUCAAUAGAGCCAACUGAGCUAGAGCCCAGCGAGGAGGCAGUGCUCAGCGAGAUGCCCCAGACCCCUCUCAGCAGUGCGGAGCAGCUGAAGCAGCGUCUCGAGGCCAUGUUCCGCAGCCAACAGGCGGCAGUUGAGGCCUAUUUCGCUGAACAGUGCCAAUCCGCCACAGCCCUGCCAGCAGCCAUCAAAAUGAAGUGCUUUUGCAACAAGUGCCAAAGCCAGGUCCGGGCCUUAGUCGACAUGUCGUACUCCAUGUCAAAUCUUCAACGUCCGCUUGUAUAA